AUGACGAUUAACGAUGGAAAGAACAUACGAGACUCGACCGACACGGACGUCAUCUAUUUUAAGGGGAGAGCAACGGUCAACCAGACCAAACCUCGCAACGACCUCCUUGUCAUCGAGUUGACGAUCCAGAAUAUCGACGUCGCGAGAAUCCUAAUCGAUACUGGAAGCUUGGCAAAUAUUAUUUUCAAAAGCACCCUCGAAAGGAUGAAGAUUGACCCGUCCGAAAUCGCGGAAAACCCUAGCCCGCUAGUAGGACUCUCAGGGGAGACCACUUUGGCUCUCGGGUCAAUUAACCUCAUAGUCAAAGCUGGAACUACGGAAAAAAUCACAGAGUUCCUAGUUGCCGACAGACCUGCGUCAUACAACGUAAUCAUGGGCACGCCGUGGUUGAAUCUUAUGCAGGCAAUUCAAUCAACGUACCAUCUUUGCCUCAAGUUAGCCUCCGACAAAAAAGCCCAAGAACAAGAAUCGGCAGAACUCUUCUGGAAAUUGCGGAAAGUCGAGAUUCUAGAAGAAAAGCGCGAGCCAAACUGCAAACCCGUAAUAUCAGUAUGUCUUGACGAAGCAUUCCCCGAACGAUGCAUCGAGAUCGGAGCCAACCUCCAUGAACCUUUAAGGACUAAGCUCAUAGCUUGUCUAAAAAAGAAUCUCCACGCAUUCGCCUGGGCUGCGGAAGACAUGCCAGGGAUUGACAUCAACAUAACCUGCCACGAGCUGAAUAUCGAUCCAACCUUCAAACCAGUCAAACAGAAAAGACGAAAGUUGGGACCCGAGGGCGCUACUGCGGUCAACGACGAAGUCGAAAAAAUUCUUAAAGUCGGAUCGAUAACAGAAGUGAGGUACCCAGACUGGCUUGCCAACCCUGUAGUGGUCAAGAAGAAAAACGGAAAAUGGCGAGUCUGUGUUGACUUCACUGACCUCGAAAAAGCCUGUCCAAAAGAUAGCUUCCCCUUACCACACAUCGAUCGAUUGGUCGAAGCAACAGUGGGAAACGAACUCUUAUCCUUCAUGGAUGCUUUCUCGAGUUACAAUCAAAUUAUGAUGAACCCUGACGAUAGUGAAAAAACUGCAUUUAUUACAGAUCACGGAACUUGCUGCAACUUAUCAACGACUCGUUAA